GUACAGGGGGUAGUAGUUAGUGGGUCUUCCCUCACUUCUGUUGGAAGUCCCUUCCCUGCAAAGAAGAGAAGACAGAGAGAUGUAUAACAAAUAUAUAUGUCAUAUAUAUGUAUGUAUAUAUAUAGAGAGAGGGAGCAAAGAACAAACCAAAGGGAUAAAGAAAGAUGCAACUAGAAUAGUACAGGGAACCUCUUUAUAUACUCCAACCUCUCUCUUUCCGUCUGUUCUUCAUCUAAAAAUUUUAAAUUAUUUAUGUAACUAAAUUGGUAUUCAUCUGCUUCAUCUGGGUAUCUGAGAUAUGAGUUUUAUUGAAUGAAUCAUAUUCAUUGGUGAAGAAAACAGAAACAAUUUUCCAAGAUACAAAAACCAUGAAGAACAGAGGAGACCAUCAAGCUUCAAGAAACUUUAUAUCACAAAAAUGGACACUUUUCUUGUGUAUAUGCAGUUUUUGUGCUGGAUUACUCUUCACCAAUAGAAUGUGGGCAGUCUCUGACUCUAAACUUGUUACAAGACCAACUGCUGUAGAAUCUGAAGGUCUAAAGUUGGUAUCAGAAGGUUGUGAUCUAAGAAGGAUGAAGAAUGUCAAACGCGACCCGAAACAAAUAUUCGGGGAGGUAUCUAAGACUCAUGAGGCAAUACAGACAUUAGAUAAAACAAUAUCAAGCUUAGAGAUGGAAUUAGCUGCAGCAAGGUCCAUCCAAGAAUCUAUUGUGAAUGGAUCGCCAAUAUCACAAGAAGAUACAAGGAGUUCAUCUGAAAAGCGGAAGUAUUUAAUGGUUGUUGGAGUUAAUACCGCUUUUAGUAGUCGUAAAAGAAGAGAUUCAGUACGCGCUACAUGGAUGCCUCAAGGUGAAAAACGAAAAAAAUUAGAGGAGGAGAAAGGCAUUAUAAUGCGUUUUGUCAUCGGCCACAGUGCCACGGUAGGGGGUAUACUGGACCGAGCUAUUGAAGCGGAAGACAAAAAGCAUGGUGAUUUCUUGAGACUGGACCAUGUAGAGGGAUACCUAGAAUUGUCUGCGAAGACGAAAACAUAUUUUGCAACCGCUGUAACCAUGUGGGAUGCCGAAUUUUAUAUCAAGGUUGAUGAUGAUGUCCAUGUGAACAUAGCCACACUAGGUCAUACAUUAGUUAGACAUAGGAAGAAGAAAAGAGUAUAUAUUGGAUGUAUGAAGUCUGGCCCAGUACUCGCUCAAAAAGGAGUGAGGUACCAUGAACCAGAACAUUGGAAAUUUGGUGAGUCAGGAAACAAGUAUUUCCGCCAUGCCACCGGACAAUUAUACGCCAUUUCAAAAGAUUUAGCUACUUAUAUAUCAUUAAACCAACACGUAUUACACAAAUACGCAAAUGAAGAUGUUUCUUUAGGAUCAUGGUUUAUCGGGCUUGACGUUGAGCAUAUUGAUGAUCGAAGAUUAUGCUGCGGGACCCCUCCUGAUUGUGAAUGGAAAGCUCAAGCCGGAAACAUAUGCGUAGCAUCAUUUGACUGGACUUGUAGUGGCAUCUGUGGGUCUGUUGAUAGAAUGAAGGAAGUACAUAAACGAUGUGGCGAAGGCGAAAACGCUGUUUGGUCAGCCACAUUUUGAGACUACUCAUUUGUUGCAUUUUCUUUCUAAAUUUGGAAAGACAUAAAGAUCAAGAAACCGAAGCCAAGGUUUGUAAAGAUCACAAAAAAAUGUAUAUUUUGACACCAUUGGAGUGAAGAGGCUUAUUGAAGAGAUGCCCUGCUAUGCAAGAUUUCUUCAAAAAUAUUACAAAUAGAGGAAUGCAAGCAAAGCAAGAGGCUCUUGCUCUUUGCACAUUUUUUUUUCUAUUUUUGAUUAUUAUAAAUUUAUUUAUAAUCCCACUUGAGCAGUUUUAAGGCUAUAUUGGUUUAAGUUGUAAUUGCCAUAGUGAUUUCUAAUUCUAUAAUAAAUAAUAUUAUUUUUAA